AUGAAGUUUGUGAUUUUGUUUGCAAAGUUUCUUGUUUUGAUAUUUUCUAUUACAAAAUGUGAUGCAUCAAUUCCGUCUGUGGCCUCACCGGUGCAACUUCUUAAUUUAUCAAAUGGAACAAAAUCGGAUAUCGUGUACAAUGAAGAAGCUGUAAGAAAUUUAUUCUUAGACCCGAAGUUAGAAGGACGAAACGUGGUUGUGUUCUCAAUAGUUGGAGCUUUCCGCAAGGGAAAAUCAUUUCUAAUGAAUUAUAUACUUCGUUAUAUGUACGCCAAUUACAAAUCAGUUUCAAACUCUCAAUUGAUAAAUCAUGAAAAUUGGUUGGGAGAUGAAAACGAAUCAUUAGAAGGAUUCGAUUGGAAAGCUGGAACUAAAAGAGUUACAAGUGGGUUAAUUUUAUGGUCCGAUGUUUUUCUUUAUGACAGUAAUGAUGGUGAGAAACUUGCAAUUUAUUUGAUGGAUACUCAAGGAUUAUUCGAUCACAAAAGCUCUUCAACUGAUAAUUCAAGAAUAUUUUCAUUAAGCACAAUGAUCUCAUCGACACAAAUUCUCAACUUAUUGAAUAUAAUUCAGGAGAACCAGUUACAAUAUCUUCAGUUUGCGACAGAAUAUGCACGAUAUGCAACAGCCGAUGAAGAAAAAUCAGCUUUUCAGAAUCUUUUGAUACUCAUCAGAGACUGGAACUCUCCAGAAGAAUAUAAAUAUGGAAUCAGAGGUGGAAAUGCUUAUUUGAAUAAUUUCUUAGAAAUUCAUGAUUACCAAACAAAAGAAUUGCAAUCAGUUCGAAGAUAUUUGAGAUCGUCGUUUGAAAAAAUUAAUUGUUUUCUGAUGGCACAUCCAGGGAAAACUGUUGCUCGUGACUCAUCCUACAAUGGCAGUUGGAGUCAAAUUGAUGAAGAUUUUGUACAUGGAAUGCAAGAUUUAUUCGAAUUCUUGUUUUCGCCUAGGAAAUUGACAACAAAAAAGGUCAACGGAGUCGCCGUGGAACCAGCUGAGCUUCUCGUCUUUAUCAAUUCUUAUGUGGAAAAUUUCAAAAGCGAUGAAAUGCCAGAAGCGACCAACAUUUAUGAGUCAACUUUGGAAAAACAGUUUAGAAUAUUGCUGGGAAAGAGCGUAGAUGUUUACAUAACUUCAGUUGCAUCACACAAUGCUGAACUUCUCAGUGAAGAAGAUGUUGAUGCACUUCACGUUUCUGCAAAGAGUCCUGCGAUGGAAUAUUUUAAUUCAAAGAAGAAAUUUGGAUCAUAUUCUGAAGGAUUAAACUUCAAAAAAGAAUUGAUAAAGACAAUCGACAAGGCUUACGAGCAAUGGAAAUCAAUUUCAAUUAAUCACAUUCGAACAUUACAACAGCAGCGACAAAAGACUAAUCAAAAAGAAAAAGAAGUAAAAGAAGCAGAAACUGCAAGAUUUCAAGCAAAAUCGGAAUUAGAAGCAGCAACAACAAAAGCUGAAGAGGCUAAGAAAGAUUUGGAACAAGCACGAUAUGAUACAGAGGAAGCAAGACGACAAGCUGAAGAACUGCGCUUGAAAUCAAUUGAAGCAGAAAAGGAAAGAGCUGUUGCUAUUGCAAAGGAAAAAGAAACACGAGAAUGGCUUGAGAGAAUGACAAAAGACAAAGAAUUUUUUGAACAACAGCUGAAUGAAUACAAAGCGAAUGCAUCACAAAAUGUUGGAUCAACUUUGGGAAAUUUUCAACAAGAAAAUGGAUUUUCAAGAGUUCUUGGAAACAUUUCAAGAUUCUUCACAGCUGCAGCACCUUUCGUGAGCUUAUUAGGAGGCUUAUUUGGAUGAU